AUGGAAAACCUCCAUAACCGUAAGGGCAUUGAUAAUUCCAAUAAUAGACCUCCACGUGGCUUUACGGAUAUUUUCAGGAGAGAGUUGGGCUUGUCUCAUCCCAACGGUUUUGCGCGUCGCUUUUCAGCUUCCGAGGUGCUUGUGAAUAGCUUGAAUUUAUACGCGAAGUUAGAUGGUCAUGAAGGGUGUGUGAAUGCAGUGGAGUUUAACUCCACUGGUGACCUUCUUGUCUCUGGUUCUGAUGACCGACAAGUUAUGUUAUGGAAUUGGGCAUCCAAAACUAGAUUGCUUGCAUACCCUUCUGGCCACACAGACAACAUAUUCCAGACAAAGAUUAUGCCAUUCUCAGAUGACUGUCGAAUAGUAACUUCUGCUGGUGAUGGCCAGGUAAGGCUUGGCCUUCUCCGGGAGGAUGGUGAAGUUGACACUACAUUGUUGGGGAAGCACCAUGGUUGUGUAUACAAGCUUGCUUUGGAGCCUGGAAGUCCCCAUAUAUUUUACAGUUCUGGUGAAGAUGGACUUAUUCAACAUUUUGAUUUGCGAAGUAGUUCUGCUACAAAACUUUUCUGUUGUUCAUCAUCAACAGGAAAACAGAUUCCAAGCAAAAUAGGGUUGAAUUCGAUCGUGAUCGACUGUAGAAAUCCAUAUUACUUUGCUGUUGGUGGUUCUGAUGAAUAUGCACGUGUUUAUGACAUAAGAAAAUGCCAGUGGGAUUCAGCUGGAAAUUCAGAUCAACCUGUUCACACGUUUUGCCCUCGCCACCUAAUUGGUUCAAAUAAUGUCCAUAUCACAGGAUUGGCUUACUCAAGCUUUGGUGAACUCCUUGUUUCUUAUAAUGAUGAGCUCAUCUAUCUGUUUGAAAAGAAUGUGGGCAUGUGUUCAUCAACUUCAUAUGAGGAUCUGAAGAAUAAUCAUGAGGCACAAGUUUACUCGGGCCACAGAAAUGCACAGACAAUUAAAGGAGUGAAUUUUUUUGGCCCGAAUGAUGAAUAUGUCUUGAGUGGUUCAGAUUGUGGCCAUAUAUUCAUCUGGAAGAAGAAGGAAGCUAAGCUCGUGAGAUUAAUGUUAGGCGAUCAACGUGUUGUAAAUCAACUUGAGGCCCAUCCGCGAAUACCUAUCCUUGCUACUUGUGGCAUAGAAAAAAAUGUGAAAAUCUGGGCUCCUCUACGGAAUGAUAUACCCCCACUUCCUGGAAAUGUUAAAGAGAUAAUGGAGGCAAACAGACAAGGUAGAGAAGACCGAUCACGAGUAACCCUUACCCCUGAUGUUAUAAUGCAUGUUCUUCGCCUGCAGAGGCGGCAGACAUUGGCUUAUAUUGAAAGGAGACAUAGUAGGGCAGAUAUUGUGAGUGAUGAAGAAGAUGCAGAGGGCUACCUUUUAGGACUCUUGGAUGGAGAUGCCUCUUCUGAAGAGGAUUCUCCUGGAAAUUCCAGGGAUUGCAACAUUAGCUGA